UCAAAUCAAAAAUGUCAGUGCCGCAAACAAAUUUUGUUUAAAUAUUUAAUAAAAUCAGUAUGUUCUAGUGAAAACGUUAUCGCGUGACUAUGCCGGGCUCGAUUUGCUGCCUCAAAGAGUCGCUUAACCACGCUCAUGUUUCUAAAGAGUAUGUUUAAGUCGAUUCUAAUUGGCCUCCCCGUCGGCCUAACCCUGCUGGACACCGUGGGGUAUGUGGCGCGGGUCGAGGGUAUAUCUAUGCAGCCAGUGCUCAAUCCAGAAGCGAAGAACAUGGACUACGUGUUUUUAUCGCGAUGGGCGAUCAGAGACUUCAGUGUGAAGCGAGGUGACGUUGUAUCGCUGGUGUCGCCGAAAGAUCCUAACCAGAAGAUUAUCAAGCGCGUCGUAGCGCUCCAGGGCGACGUAGUGAGUACGCUAGGCUACAAAAGCCAGUACGUGAAGGUUCCCGAAGGCCACUGCUGGGUGGAAGGCGACCAUACAGGCCACACGUUAGACAGCAACACCUUUGGUCCCGUGUCAUUAGGUCUGUUGAACGCUAAGGCUGUGGCCAUAGUAUGGCCUCCCGAUCGAUGGCAGCAACUCGAAGCUAAAUUGCCGGCACACAGAAGACCAAUCAGCACUCCUGUGUAGUGGUUAUUGUUAUGUUAGGACCACAAAAGUUACGUCAAGGUUUACAAGUAACUGCUGAAUGUUUUAUUACAACUUGAUGUUUAUAGUGGUUCUAUAGUGGAAAUUUUAGCCUGUAUAAAAUAGGUGAUAGGGUGAAAAUGAUUGUGAAAUCUACCUUCAGUUACUUAAAUUAGUGGAAAUUUGUUGCUGUAUUAUAGACAUAAGUUCCAAGCCAUUAGUUGUAAUGUUUUACUUGUCUGCAUUUGCUAAU